UGUUGCUAGAAUGAUCGAUGUAGUUUGUUUUUUUUUAAUUUACCCUUUUAACUAAUGUUAUUUGUGAUCGCUAUAAUUUAUUGGCAAAAUACCUACUACCCGUGCUUUUAACUUGAUAUAUACUGAUUUAUGAAAGUGAGAUCGACAAUUUAUCCAUGGUGUGGUCGGGCUGAUGAGACAAAAUAUUCACCCCGAUUCUGUAUUUCGUUCGAAUCGGAUUGUUUCGAUCCAAUACAAAAUUUUGCAUUCUGUAGCUCGACCGAGUUCGAGUUUUCCAUACAAAAGCAUCAUUCGAUCGAAUUGCAAAAGGCAAAUUUUUACAUUCGUUCGGGUGAUGGUUCAAUGCUCCGUUUGUAUUAUUAUUGAUAUAAUGAUCCAAGCUGUAUCGCAGGAUAAAUGAAGCAAAUUACAUCUUACAGAUCGAAAAUACACUUGAAAAAACAAGUAUAGGUACCUCGACAUUGAAUAAAUCCGAUUUGUUUGAACGAUAUUUACAGAAUGAACUUGUACCGACAGUACGGAGCCAUGUACAUGAAAUGACCAAAUUUUCCGAAAAAAUGUUCAACAUAGAGAAGGACAAGAAUGUUAGUGUUUCAAAAUUCGAUGAAUGUCUGAAGGAGGCAGAGCGAUACAAUGAUAAAGGAAACGAGUUUUGUAAGCGAGCUAAGGCAGGGGAAUAUAAGGAUAACAAUGAUCUCACAGCAAUUGAUAUGUACACAACAUCAAUUCAAUUGAACAGUAAAAAUCCUACUUCUUAUGUAAAUCGUGCUCUCUGUUAUUUCAACCUUGAGCGAUAUGAAGAGUGUAUUGCAGAUUGCAAGAGAGCACUUACGUUAGAUAAAACUAAUAUUGAAGCAUUAUACCGUCGAAUGCAGGCGUACGAGUACUUAGGUCAGAACCGACUAGCAAUUUUAGAUUGCCAAGAAAUAUUGAAAGUUUCUAAAGAUUCAAAAGAAUUAUCCAAAGUCAAUCAUGAUAUGGAAAGAAUCACUAAAAGAAUACGCCAUGAAGCUGACACAUUCAAACAACAAGGAAAUGAUCACCUGAAAAACAAGAACUACGAAAAAGCUAUUGAAUAUUUCUCAGAAGCUAUUAAUCUGUUUGGAAGUGAUGAAGUUUACCAUUAUAACCGUAGCAUGUGUUACUUCCACUUGAAGAGCUAUGAUAAAUGCUUAGAAGACUGUAAUAAAGCAAUUGAGACAAAUGAAAACUAUUUUCGCCCUUAUUAUCAACGAAUGCGAGUACGAGAAAUUCGUGGGGAAUACCUCGCAGCUAUAAAUGAUUGCAAAAAAUUUCUUGAUUUGGUUCAAGAUGAAAAGCAACGUUCGACGGCUUAUAAAGACUUACAACGUUUGUUGAAAAUACAAUCCGAACCUGCUCUGUGUGACUGGAACGUAUUAAGGAAAGACGCCUCUCUAAUUAACUUCACCCAGAAACCGCCACACCUACGUUCAAAGAAACCACUAAAGCGCAUUUCGAUUUCUGAAGAGCACUCGAUUGCAAAUUCCAAAUCAAAUCCUCCCAACUAUAUUGUAGCAUCCGACUACGAACCCAUACCGGAUGCUGUAAUCGACAAAAUGUUCAACAAUAAUACAGGAGAGCGUGUCGAGGAACCGAUGGAGGAUACCAACUUAGAAAAUCUAUUUCCAUCGUCAUCGAAAUCUAACAGAUUAAAAAGACUUUUUUCGCCGGCCACCACCCCAACAACCCCACCAAAAGAUCUGUUCCCAAGUUUUGCAUCAGUUCCUAACGUGGUUCCCAUUGGCGGUUGUGAACAUUCACAAUCCUCGGAGGCAGCGUCAAAAGAGCCAAUAAAUUCUCAAACAGUAAAAGUGGUAACAGAUAGCAACAUGGAAGAAAAUAUGCACCAUACGAAACGUGAAAAGGAUAUUAUCAAUCAAGGAAAUUGCCAACCCGAGGCUGAAAUACGUCCUGAUAAAGUUCGAACUACCAUCAAAUAUGAGAAUGAUAAUCCCUACCCAGUCAUGCCACACUCAUCGGUGCACUUUUAUAAUAUUUGGAUCAAUCUAAGAACUGAAAAUGAAAAAUACAAAUAUUUGAAGAGACUUGAAAAUGCUCCCUUGCAUAAGCUGCUAGGAGCGGAAUUAUCUCCCGAAAUGCUUACUGAAAUUUUAUCAGUGCUGGAACGGUACAGUAAGGAAGAAAACUAUUCUCCAUUGCGAAUCCUCACGAGUAUUCUGAAGCACUCUGGUAUCGGACUACUUAUGACAAUGAUAACCGACAAGGACAGACGUUGUCUUAUCAAGCUCUUGCAAUUAAUGGAUACAAUAGAAGUCGACACCGAUGCCGUGCGAGAUGUAAAAAAGUGUUUAACACUUGAAGUUUAGUCUGCGUAAUUACAUAAAUCAGUUGUUUUCGCUUCAUUAAUUUGUGCAAAAAAUGGCAUUAAAUCGUUUCAGUAUGUAAUAUUUGAAAAAUGCAAUAAAUUAGUUUUAUGAACAUU